AUGCUGCCACUCCACCACUACCAACUUGACGAGUCCACAGGGUGCCUACAGAGGUCACCCGUAAGCCUUCAAACUUGCGUUUUAAAAUACUCCACUGCAGACACCGAUGCCAGCCCUUCUUCAGCCAUUCGCUGAUUUGUUAAGAAACUCUCACAAACUCCUGGGUACUAAGGAACUGAGGAAACGCAUCGAGGAGGUAACUUUCCUUCCCAUUCACUGACAUCUCUCUAUAUGCUGUCUUGCACAUUUAAGAAUUAAGUUCCAAAAUCGUCGCGCACUAUAGGGGUGCUGCGCGGCCUGGCAUUUAAAGAUACUUUGGGAUUGUUCAUGCUUUUUGGUGGCGUUCACAUGCUGGUUCAGCCGCUGCGGCCAACAGCUUCCACCGUUGCCUCACGAGUUUACCAUCACGAUGACUUUGUGCGGACCUAACCGCCAUAAAUUGGUGACCCCUACGUGAUGAAAGUUUGUGAGGGCGGCCGAGAGUCACUGCAGUCGGACCGGAGGUGCCUCAGUUCUAGCCGGCGGGGGUGGCCGUGUGUGGACGAUUGUCGCGGCCAUCGAUCGACCGAACGGGGGACUGGAGCGGCUGCUACACACAGAGCCCAUCACACCCUAUCCUUUCUCACCCAUCUAACUUUGAUGACAAGGCAGUAUCAAGACAACCCGAGGUGGAUGUGGUCACAGCGGCUGACACAUUUGAACAACUCGUCUACGCGUACCACACACGGCCUAGCUUCGUUCCUUGCGCUCCGGGCCCCGCUAAGCUGGAUCGCUCGGAUCAAACCUAAGUGGUAAAGACAUGGAGGAUACGUUCGGAAGCAGCUGGUGUGGCCUGACUCUUAGUCCUCCAUUCAUACAGAAGCACUCCCAUAAAGGUCGAUUUAGUCCGUCAGUUGGAAACCUCCCAAUAUGCAAACUCCGACGCGUCGGGACGGGUUCAAGCGUGUCAGAUUCAGUAUAGUGAGGAAAGGGCUGACUUGCCGUGAGGAUGGAUUCCAAUGUGCCGUAUUCGCUCUCCCUCUUCCCUCUCCCGUGCAUCAGACGACUAUCCGAUCUCAGCCAACUGGUACUGGAAUUGGACGCAUUGACUGAUAGAACUGGAGAUGCCGUGUACGCGUGAAGCACACGAUCCGUUUUUCCCUCCACAUGUGCUGGGCCGCGUUCGGGGUACUGAUCACAAGUAUCAGGUGGCACUGAAAUCGAAAUUUGCGAGCGCAAGUGACCUUUAGCAGCGUCCAAUUGGGUAUUUGCGUUUAGAUGGCAAAGGCAGUUUACUAGUAGAUGAGAAUGAUAUACCAACGUAAAGCGUACAACUUGGCUUUACUGCAAAUCCCGGGGUGUUUUUAAAACUCAUUUUAUGAUUUAAUGCAUCUGUUUCAAGUUUAAGCAGUCACAGACAUAAAGGGAAACGUCAUACGCCCCAAAAACACCAGCGGUUUAUGGCGAUAAUCUCUUUCAGUUUUGAGAAACGCUUGUAUGACUGUCCGGGCAUCUUUGUAAGGCUACUCGAAAAUCUACCAUCAUAGGUAGAAGAAUUUGUUAAGGCUUGCAUUAAGACAGGAUGGAUUAAGAAUGCCAAUGAGAUCCUUAGAAGAUUGGUCGAACGCAGUAUUCCUACCCCUUCCUCCAAGUGAAAAUUACUCAAUACCCCACUCAUCAGGGACAUCGCUGAUCCACAUCUUGUAGGGCAAAAUGGGAAGUGCGUUACUGGAAUUUGGGGUUUAAAUCAUGGGAAACCAACAUAUUGUCAGGAAAAAUCUUCAUUUCCGCAUCCACCAUGAGGGAUGUUGAAUGUUGAGCCAGUGUAUAUCUUGUAUAAAGUAUGAGUAUGGGCUGCUAGGGAUACAGCAGUUGGCUUACGUAACUCGAUGGGCCCUCUAAUCCAGACUAGGCUGUGGGUGGCUGAUGACUUCAAACAACUCAGAAACUAUCACUUCAGUCUCGUUUGUUCUGUCUUCAGUUUUAAGGGCACAUAGUGGGCAAUGGAAUCACCCGAAGCAAAGCUGGUAGAAAUGAGCUGUCUUUUUCAUAGAACACUUUAUGCAUGCUUUCGUGAUCCUCCGCAUUCUUCCACUUUGUUGUCUUCUUAAUUUGACAGUAGUGAAAACGAAAAUGUUGCGAGGAAUGUCAUUUACUGGUGGAAAGCGUGUACUCUGAAGACCGUUGCCACAAACGACUUGUUUGGAAAAACAUUCCCGCUGACCUUUCCUAAGCCGUCAACGGACAUUAAUUAAGAGCACACUCUGCGGAUUCAACGACGUGGUUCUCAGCCAGCCCUUCUUGAUAAGGCUUGCCGUUGCACUAUUCCGAUUGCAGAAUUUAAACAAACACUCGAGCCCCUGUUCCCCAGCAAAAGCUGUUGCUUCAAAAAGGAAGACUGAAAGUACUUUUAUGGCUAAUCGGCCAGAAUUAAUUCCCCCUGAUGCAGCUUACGUACCAUUUCAACCAGUUAAAGCCUAACUCCUAGACAGAUGUGAGCUGGGUUUACGAUAAGGCAAAGAGUCUGGAGACACACAGUGUAGGAGUGAUAAAUAAAUUUUUCUCAUAUAUAUUUCGUAAAAUUACUCCGUCCUAUUUAACCAGAGCAUAAUAUCUUUCAAUUAUUUCACGAGUGUUUCAGACGUUGGUGCUAAGAAGACUUAAGCGCAGACUGUGACCUACAAAUUACCGCUAAUGGGCUAUAAAUGAACGUCUGCACUCUUGUCUUAACAUCAAACUACCAUCGGUAUAAUUAUGAAAAGCAGGCAAUACCGGUUGCCAAAAUCACACUUACUGGAGCUCAACAAAGGCAUUCUUCUAACUGAAAGUUCGCAUCCAUCUUCACCAUGAUAGCUUCCAAAAUUCGAUGCGAGCAGCCUCAAAACUCUCGGAGAGCAACGACUGGCCCACAAGAUCCUUGCAUUUCUCGCAUCUCAGUAUGUUUGGCACGAAGGAAAUGAUACCGCGGCAGAGGUGAGUAACAUGCCCUCGCUAGAUAUAGUUUCUUUUUCGUUGUAAAUUAGUAUUUUGUUUACAAUUCUCAGCUAACCCUAACGGGGCAUUAACGACGCUUCAGCAACGAAACAAUCUUUAUCUCGCCUCAGUCUUGAUCGAUUUUUCUAGGCGAUCGGAAAAUUUAUCUUAAUGCACAAACGCCUUACAACUUAUCAGCGUCCACUCGUUUUUUCUCGUCUUCUUCCUUUCAUUUUUUGACCCUCUUUUCAUCUCCACUCGAUGCGGAUUCAAUCAUUUGGUGAUGUGCGUGCUGCUUACGAUCGGUAGUAUCCGUGCAAAGGAGCUGAAAACUGCGUAAGUGUGAGCCGGCGUUAAAGGAAAGACGUGCUCGGAGAGAUUAGAGAGUGAUCACCAUGGCCGCAAGACGUUAAAGGCGUCUUGAAAAAAGGAGACUUGCGCUGGCUUGUCUUAUCUACCUAUACCCAUAGUCGCUAUGUGACUGCCUGCGAGAGUUCUAGUUUGAGCCCCAAGGCACAAAUGGAGAGCACGUUCCGUAUAUCGUCUGUGCCUGCCAGAAUUUCUACUGCGGCAAUCUCGUUUCUUACUACUGACAUCCUCUGACAACGGGUUGGUGUAACCAACUUGAACAUUCACGAGUAGUUCCUAGACAACCUGGAAGGAGUCAUCGUUGAAAGUGACUAGGUGGUGAUGUCAUUUAAUGUGGUAUCGUUCUCCACCUCGAAUCUGCUGGAUUCAGCGAAGCGUUGUCUCUAGAAGCUCCUUUGAACCAACACCACUGAGGUGCCCGCUGGCGUCUUGUGUCGGUUUUGAUGCCGCCUACUGUGGCCAAACUGAGAAAUAUCUGCCGACCCGUGUCUACUAACGCUGUUUAGCGGUGGAGAGACGAAACCACUUGUCUCAGGUGGCCAUACACACACUGGACACUGGGCAAGGACUCGUGUGAGAUAAUUCUCGCAUUGUUGACGCCUUUCCAAUAAGGAUUGGCAGUGCACUCUGAUGAGACUUUCAUCAGACACCACGUGCAAAAUCCUCAGCAGCAAAUUCCAACGACCACAAACACUCCAGGAGGGAUAAUGCAAUGCAAUUAACUUCGUAUUUAUUCAGACGUCAGACAACUGUAGAAUCAUUUAUUAGACUCGGUUAAUUGAUUUUAUACUCCACCCGUAGUCUGCCGACGACCUAGACGACCAGCCUCGAAAAUUUACGCUACAACAUUUACUUUUAUCCCAGAUAAUUUCAUCACUUCCUAACAUAUAUAUAUAUAUACCAGGAAAGAAACUCCCGAAACUCCCUCCUUGUGCCUGACGUAGUCCAAGCAGUCGCUGAUAAAAUCCCCUUGUCAAACGGAAGCGGCUAAUAACGUGCAUGCGUGCGCAUGCAAUCAACGGCGACGGUGGUGAAAAGCACAGGACAGCGCGUAAAUGUUGCGACAGACUGGCCUAUUUAACGUGUCUCUUUAAAGUGCAAAGCGUCCAUUCUCACUUUGGCUGGUGUUUUGGCUACAAGUUGUGCCAGCAAGUGCUACGCUGCAAAAUGCAGAUUUGUAAACAUUUUAUGCCCUGGUGCCUACUGGACCCAGGAGUUCCUAAGAUAAACUAUUUACCAUGAUUCCGUAAAACAGGCCUGCGACUUGAAAACGACGGUCGAGCUGGCUGUGCAGGCCUCUGAUUGAUGAAACGAGACAUGCAAGCCCGGUUCGAACUCCCUCCAGACUGCAGAGGGAAUGCACUAGUUUGUUAUGCGACUUGGGCGUGCGUGUUGCAAGCCACCCCCCUCCCCCCCGUAGCUGGUCAAUUCAAAGACCUGAUCUCUGACCUUCGGAGGAAAGAAACUCGGUUUCCAGAUGAGACCAGUGCGGUCAUUCGUGCAGGGGAAGCCCAAAACACGCUGACGGUCAGCAGUAACUGCUGAGAAUUUGGUCUUCUUCUUUUACUGGGAAAAACAACUUGUGCCAACGCAGUAUAAUAAAGGAACAUCGCAUUUUGUUUCAUGUAUGCGGCCAAGAAUUGGGAUCGUUUGUUUUCGAAAACGAAUCGACUUGUUCGGUCCCUGCUUUGUGGUAGUUCCUCGAAUUUCCCAGCCCUCAUGUCCACGUUUCCAUCAGUGACUCUAGCACUCUACCUUCAGAACAAAACAGGGGUGAAGUCAGGGUGAACACAUUCAUAGUUGACUUUCUAUCGUUCUGAACUGUGGGAUCGAAGUUACAUCUACUCCAGAUACUACCUCUUCGACCUGCAGCGUCGCCAUGAGUUCUGUGUUUACUAUGCUGUUGAACAGUUUAAGUUGCUAGGCGGUCGUGUCCGCUUUAUUUGCCGGACAAUCUGUUCGUCACAUUUUACGAUGUUUAUCUCUGCUUUGCGAGGUCGUCGCGUGGGUUUUUCUACAGUGGUGGAGACUUGCGCAGCAUCUACCGCGCUGUCCCCCCCCUCCCCCACCUUCCUGGCCCCGAGAGAAAGAAAAUUUCAAGACGAGCGGACCUGGAUGCAGGCGCAGUAGGUGGAAAGUUCGGACAACCCGUCAACGCGUGCCAUCCUAAGCUGCUGUGAUUGCGGCCCGGAUCUCACACCGGUGAGAGCGCCGCAGGCUCUGCGUCAAGAAAGAACCGUCGCAGUCUGAAUUUUGCUUCUCAGAAGGGGCGCAUUACCCCGUCGGUCGGCAACCUUCCAAGACACCGUUCUUACGCGUCGGGAUGGAUUCAAGCGCGCCAGAUUUAGGAUAGUGCGGAGUACGCUGAUCUGCAGUCAGGAUAAAUUCCCCAGUUGCGACCCCCGCCCCCGACUCUCCGAACCUGUCAGUCAGCUGGUAAUGAGAUUUGGCAAAUUGGCUGGCGCGGAGUGAUCGUCUACGUCUGGGGCGUGCCGCCACACACACAUUUACGACAGUAUUUAUGGCCUCGUGCAGAUUCUGCGCUGCCCGAUAAACACAAAUCGUGAGGCAGCGUAAGUACCGUUUUAGUCUGGCGUACCUGCACCUCAGCCCGUUGUCGGCAGAGGGGCCAAAAUUAACAUCCCGCAUGCAUAUAAAUGCGCCGAUAGUUGGCUCGCCACCCUCACAAUGGUAGUCACAGCUGUCAUGGUGCUGACACCUGGGGAAAUAAAAGUUCACGUAAUCAGCCGCAUAUACUACCGAAUUCCACUGACUGGAUACGGUCAGUAGUAUCACCGAGUAUGUUGGCCAUUCUGGAACCCUCCGCACAAAGAGCCACCCAAAAUCAUGCAUGGCAGUUUUUCCCACCGCUCUGGAUGGAGUACUCCCAUGUCAAAAGGGUCGACUAAGCGCUUUGGCUCUGUGGCUCGAGUUGUAAAACUAAUUAUCUUGCGGUAUAAUUCUAUAAUAAUUCAGUUGCCUCAGGAUUCCGGCUUUCGAACGAACUUCUUUCCGGCUGCAUUCAAAAACUAUACUCCGCAUAAAAUGACUACUUAUGCAGCAUGCAUUUUUCCAAUUGAUUUUCGAUACCCUUAAAAAUUCGAUUAUAUUUCAUGCAACACAUGCAUAAAAUAUUCAUUCUUUUGCCAUUCGGUAGAAAACGACGUCUUCUUUCAAUUUUUUCUCGAGGAAAAGGUAUAAUUUGGUUUUCAAAAAGUUUUUUAAUCCCCAAAUAAUUUUGAACCCGACCUACCGUUACAAUUGCAUUCAGGGUUUCCAAACUACAAACCCUAUAUGUUCUGCGUACAGAAAACCAUACAUUUGUCUACGGUAUUGAGAGGGAACUAAGUGGAGUUCAUAAAAUUUGGCAGUGGAUUUGAGCCAUAUCGUUAACUUUACAAGCCACAUUGAUAAAUGCAGAGACAUGACGCUUUAUGAACGGUAUUGAAAAAUCCCUUAAUUAUAAACUUUUCGAAACCGAAUUAUGCCCUUCCUUUGAGUGCUAAAUUGGACAAAGGACGUAAUUUUCCACCGAGUGAGUGAGAAGAUGAAUAUUUUAUGCAUGCUUUCCAUGAAAUGUAAUUGAAUUUUUAAGGGCAUCGAAAAUCAAUGGGUAAAAUGUAUGCUACUUAAGUCGUCAUUUAUUACAGAGUGCGGUUUUUGCAUGCCGCCGGGAGGAGGUUUGUUCGAAAGCUGGCAUCUGAAGUAUUAUAGAAUUUUGCUGUACGAUGAUUAGUUUUACAACCCUACUUAAUUCAUCUUUUCGAAACGAAAACGCAUUUCGGAAUUUCGGUUAGCAUUUCAUGAGUUAGCCCACCUACUGUAUAUGACAAGUGUUUAUUCCCCAAUUGUUAGCCGCCCAAAGCCGUCUGUCGGAUUAUACCAAUCAAGGGGCAGCCUCGUUGACUCUGUCCUCCCGUUCACGGUCUAAUGAUAAAAAACCACUCAGUGGCUGAUCAGACAGUAUUUCCUAACUUACGUGUGCCGGACACAUACCAACCAGGUUGUUUUGCGCUGUGGCUGAGAGAAGGGGUUCCGAUUAGUCUGCACCCUGAGCAUGCGGCCGUAAUGGAGGGUGCAGCUAUGCAUCUGUGCCGAGAUCUGUUCUCGUUUAUGUUGAUAUGACGGCCUGAGUAGUGCCCAGAGAUUGUCCUCCCUGCCUUAAACGUGCGUUGGCAGGAGUGGGGGACGCGUAGAAUGGCCUGUUUUCCCUCGGGACCCGGUCUUACAGUCUAACAGAUUCUUCUUGGGCAGUUGUAUGUGCUUGUUGCGAAUAGGCGGUGUGAGCGUGUCCCUGUCUGUGCGCUACCAUCGUCGGGUCCGAUCCCAAGUUGUAGGGCGAAAACAAAAAGGCACCAGGAGGAGGGGUUUACUGUGCACAGAACCCGGAGUUGUCCUCUCAGGCAGCAGUGGCCACUGGCGAAACCAGGGCUGGUGUUGACUGCGUCCGGUCAUGCCUGAGACAGUGGUGGCAGCCGCUUUUGUAGGCUCGUGGUCCAAUCUCAAGUGGUCUCCAAACGGUGUGUGUUGCAUUUGCCGGGGGGUGGUUUCCCAAUGGCUUAGGUUGCGAUUGCAGGAGGGAGGAGCGUUCAAGUGGCCGCAUGGGCAGCUGCGACUGCGCGAACGCAGGUAUGCCCGAGCUGUCGGUCGUUAGACUUCAGGUCAGCGCGUCUGGAACGGCUCACUGCAAAAGGGUGGAUGAGCCUGAGGCAGCGAGCUCUUGAACAAUGACGUCAGACCGGUCAUGACGGCUGGCCGCCACAGCUCCCCGCCACAUGCUUGUUUUAUAAUGUUGCACUCCAACCCUCUCCGUGCGAGGUCACCAUGUUUGACGGCCGGGUGACAAAUAUGCUCGGAAGCCCUGAUCGGCAACUGUAGGGUGUAGGACCUCAACCCACUUGAACCAUGUCAUACAUUGAAUGGUUGUAGAGAAAGCUUUACGGGUGAGCAAGAAGACACAGAAAGUAAGUGAAUUUCUACUGAAAGUCUUAUCGUACGCUGUCAUUUGGCAAAGAAUGUGAGCACGAUAAUAAAAAAAUAAACAAAUGCAACUUUCAAAAAUGGACGGACUUUGAAUAAACCGCCGCUUGCAAGCUUACAUUUAGCUAGGAAGGGAAGGAAGCGACGAAUAAUAGGUGAUGUUUGCAGUCACACCUAAUUUCAGGGUAUAUUCUGGAGUUGCCAGCUACGUGGGGUCCCACACCCUACCGUCACCGCCCUGGCUGAUUUCAGCACAUUUAAACUAAGUCUUCCGGGUGUCUGUCUGACAUUUUUUGUUCCUUUCUCUGCGGAUACCUGCAGCAACACUGGCAGGAAAUUUUUCUGGAAGCUCCCCAACAGACAUCUUAACAAUACGGCCACUUAGUCGAAGUUUGAGUUGCUUAAGCACUGCGACACCGUUGAGUAUGCUUGCCGAUCUCAGGACUUAGGUGUCCAUGGUCCGCGCCUGCAACUUAACGUCCAAGGAUCCCCGAAGUCAUUUUGGGUGACAGUGAUCGGCUUUCUCAGAUCGGCUCUUGCAAAACAUCAAUCAUGCCUUGCCCCAGGGAAGCGUCAUCGUUUUGCACGUCUUCAUCUUACUGUUCGGAACGACGCCGUUGCGGUCUUAAAGUGAAUGCUAUGCUACUCCAGUGGUCUGGCUGGCUUUCGGAAGGCAUGCUGUGAUUUCAUCGUCAGUUGUAGUGCUUCUGGACCUUACCCCUUUCACUCAGAAACUACUUUUGUAGCGGUGAGAGUGUAGCAUCUAAGGAGGUGGGAGUGUAUUCAGAGCGAUGAAAUCACCAGGCCAAAUCGCGAAUUGUAGGAAAAGAUAGAGGUCGCCGGACUGAGGGGUUUAUUGUGUACAGAAACGUGAGUUGUCCUCUCAGACAGCAGUGGCCGUUGGCGAAGCCAGGGCUGGUGUUGACCGCGUCCGGUCAUGUUUCACAGUCAGUGAGAUAGUGAUCGCAAAUGCUUUUGUAAGUUAAUGGGGAACAGGCUCAAGUUGUGUCCAAUUGGCGUGUUCUGAUUUGUCGAGUGGUGGCUUAUGUCGUGUUCGUAGGGGUGUGGUAUGUUCAAGUGGAGCAUGGGCAGCUACGACGCACCUGUGUCCAAGUAGAAGUCGGUCGAGUGGCUGCAGCUCAGCGUGUCAGGAAGCGCUCGCUGCAAAAGCGAAUGACCUUGAGCCAACAUGACCUUGAACUAGAAUGCUAGACGUGGCCAUGGUGGUUGUCGUCAACAGGAUGGUGGUCGUUCACAGUGAACGCCGGUUCUGUAUACGGUUCAGUUGACACUGAUUGUCACGUGAUGACCAUCUUUUAAAGCAUUCAUUAUUUGCGUAUAGAGAACUGGAGAUAUCGAAUCUCCGCUUAGUGUAUGCCUCCAUCAUGGUGAUCAGCUAUUGAACGUUAUGAGUCUUGUGCAUGGGAAAUCAAUUCUGGCAUCCACGGGUCGUGAGUCUGGGAUUUCUAUGAUGUGAUGUAAGCUGCGUUUUGCAGCGUGGUCCAGUUUUUCGCAGGGUUGUCUUCCUUGAAGAGCUUGCUUUCCAGUUCAAAUGCCAGAUUCCAUUUGCGGACUACCUCUUCCGGAUGAGCGACAUUCAGGCUCCUUGGAAAGUUCAUUGUAUGAGGACAUCUCCGCGGUUAGUCUCAUAGAUGAUUAUAAAACAAUCCGUCUAAGAUCGGGCACCGCAUACUAUCCUCGUUACCAGUUAUUGACGACGUAAAUGCUGGUGUACAACGGCUGUAUUCUUUUGAUCAGUAAGCUGAAAGACUGCGUCUGUGGUAAAGGGCUUGUGGUCCACUCAUAUCAUUGGUUUAAAAAGGUUGUUGAGGCUAUCAGCACUUUUCCAUAUGGCAUGAUCUGUGACCGCACCUACGUGGAGGUAUCUAAGGUGCCUAGGCUAUUGGACUAGACACAAAAUGAAUAAGAGAAGGGAGGUUUGAUAAUAACGUGAAACGCAUUCAGUAUGGACAACGUCGAAAUAAAUUGGCGGAAAAGUUGGUCGGAUGUGGUUUGGUAGCCCCACAUGAAGUAAACAAACCCCAGCUGCCUCUAAUACGGGACCGAUGGUAAUAGGGGUUUUUACACGUGGAGCCGGGGAACGCACAGGCGACGGGGUCAAGUAGUUGUAUGUAAAUGAAAAGCUUUGGCGAAUACGCGGUUGUGCUUCGAAUGGUUGAGAAACAGUUGUGCUAACCCCUAACCCUAACCCCUAAUCCUAAACCCUAACCCAUAACCCUAACCCUUAACCCCAACCCCAACAUUAUUGUUUCCAUGAGGUGGGACAACCAAACACAUCUUGCCGAAAAAUCGCCAAUCUCCUUUUUCAUGGCGAGCUGUCAUAUGGACUACCUCUGUCUGUCAAUCAGAUUAUUUUAUCUCGGUCAGGUACUCUUUCUCAUUUGAAAAUGUGCCGAGAAUUUUUAAUCAAAGUUCUAUGCAUUCAAACGCAGCCGUUUUUUGCGCGGCUCCUCUUUUUCGGUCACUGGUUUAUAACACAUGACCUACACCUACGUCUCUUUAAUCGAUACAUUGAUAUUUCACCUUUUGGCCCCUUUCGCCAUUUAUGAUGCUCCUGAAUUGACUUUUUAAAACUGUCAAGUUGGGCUUCUUCGCAAGCACGCAAACUUAUUUCUCCAAUCUAUCCUGAACUUCCCCGAUGUUAGCGGCGAUAAUUUUGUCCUUCAUUAAUCCUUUUCUAGGUUCUACCAGCUGUUAUUGCUCAACCACUGAUGGAUGUGUCUCUUGCGCUGGGUUGCCAACCUCUUCUAGGACACAUCGAUUUGGUGCUUUCGAACUGCUUCCCAGAGGAAUCACGUCCUGACGAUAUCAAGCCACCGUAAGUAUGACAUUCUCCCGUUAAGUCUGCAGUGGCCUAAAGGUCCGAAAGCGUCUGCCAUGUCAGGAUCAGCAAACCAUGGCCCUUGUAGCCUGGUAUGCACUGGAUUUAUCUGAUUGUCGGUUCCCUGCCGGUGGGUGCGCUCGCGCUCCCGCUGGGUCACAGAUCGUGAGCAUGGCUGUUCAGUCAUCCUUAUUUAUCUCUCUGCUGCUGCUGCUGCUGUCGUUGUUGUUGUUGAUGGUGAUGCUAUUGGUUGAAAUCCUGGUCAUUUUCUGUGUGAACCAGCCGGUGUGGUGGUACGCCUAGGUGCGGGCCCAGCCGAGCCAUUCCCCUGCGCCCCCCCCCCGGCUCCAGUCUCCUUAACUAUGUCUUGACAGAGGUUCCGGGUAGGGAGUAGGAGGUGAGAGUGCGGUAGAUGCUGUGCAAGUCUAUUACCACUAUAACUCACGCACAAGUCACCGUGCCUAUUUCACCUUGCUGUGGAGGACACGGUUGACAUCGUCGGCAACGACAAUCGAACAGUUAAAUUUGAACUGAUUUUUUUUUCAACCUCUGUGGAAUUUUUCAUCGCAAAAGAAGUCAACAGCAAUAAUAUUUCACAGACCAUUAUUGACUCUGUUGUAACCGCCACGGUUACUAUAAUUAGUAUCGUUAACUCUUGAAAAAGGAGGUAAGGGAAGAAAUGAGUUUUUAAUGAACUACAUGUCAACUUAACGCUCUUUCUAGUUUUGGCCUACGCUACUGAGAAAUGCCGUCUUCUUUACUACCGAUGAGGACGGUUCAUUAGACCAGGAGUGACGUAACUGGGCAGCGACGAUUGCCCUCCAAACUAGUAGUACUGCACUCUGUACCUACGGGAGUGGGAUCACCCAAAAGUUAGUUAAAUUCUUGACGUUCAUAGGCAGAUCUAGAGUUCGUUCCAAGUUGGCUGAUAGUGGAUACUUGAGACGGUGAUCAAUGCUGGUUGAGGAGAGAUGUAGGAUUUAGAAAGGUCAAUUUUCCACACUGACGCAGAUGGUGGAAUAGAAUGUCGAAUGUUGUGCAGUCGAGUGUGAUCAUCCUUCUCCGGCUUACCUUACUUUCAAUGCCCCAUUGCGGUUACACUUGGAACCCGGGCAGAGUAACCGAUCCUUUCUAAGCCCACUUUUACGCCCUAUCAAUCUCCUCCUCCUCCUCCUCAUCCUUCCCUCCCCUCCCUCUCCUCUUCUUCCUCCCCGUCCUGCCCCCUCCUCUUCCCAUCCCCCUAUCCCUUUCCCCUACCGUUCCUCCCACUAUUUCUCUUCCUCCUUUCUCCUCCUUUCUCCUCCUCCUCCUCCUCCUCCUCCUCCAUCUCCGCCUGCUGCCUCUGUCCUUCACACGUCUCUCCUCCCCCGCCCCACUCCUCGUCGCCACCACCUUCUUUCGUUCCUAUUCAUCUUCUCAGCCGUCAGGUAAUUCUUUCCAGUCCUCUUAGCGUCCCAGUUGCUAAGUGCAUGGAUACUUUUCUGAAGUAAUUCUUCCCCAUUAGCCGUCAUUAGGCCUUAGUUAAAACGCUCGAUGACGCCAUUUCCAGGAUACCGGAGAAUAGACUCCCUGCAGUUGGCGAGUCCUUGAGCAUGAGGUAGAAAACCAAUCAGCACGAACGUCCUGCAUUGGCACAGCCGGCCCUGUUACCUGCACGUGACCCCUAAAAUCAGCCUCACUGUUACGUGAACUUGACGCCCACAGAUCUCGCCUUAUUACAGGAAUGAGCUCUGACUUCUCCAGAUAGAGGUUCGAGCACACUGAGCAGCUGGACCACAGUUCAAAUUUUAAGAUAUCUGGAUGGACAUGGCUGACUAUCGGUGGAAAUCGAGCCAGAAUUAGCUACCUCACUGUCUUCGCGUCGAUGCCAGCAAUACUUCUCACAAGGCCACACUUUGUCAACAUUGCUACCGAAGCAUAGGAGGAGGUCGCAACCGUUUAGCCAGCGACAAUCACACUGCUGACGCCUAAUUUAGAACGACACGUAGAGAGGGGAAUCUAGGGAGGGCUUACCACGAAAGUCGCGCUAUCCUCGACCGGUUUUGAGCAGUGUGAUUCUGUAACUCCUGCGUCCGAUUCGUAAGACACCUACCAGAUCUAGUGACUAAUCACUAAUAACAAUGCACUAGGAGGCCUAUGUUCAAGGGCAAAUAUAAGGCUGCCAAGAACUGCCCGUAAGUGUUAACGAAACCGUUAACGUUGGCAUGUUCUCCUUAAGCCCUUGCUUGAUGCAUCCUCCAGAUAUGCGCCGAAGACGGCCAAACUUCCAUUGGCUACCCGAUGGCUUGAGUAGACAUCAGAAGUCGUCCGGUGUCACUGCUGAAGCAGUCUACAAGGCAAUGUCACUCUGCGUCUUUGUCGGUACUGACGAAGCAGUGCGCUUCCACUAGGACAGUUUUUCAUUUCAUUCCUUUAACUUUUCAUUUUUUGAACCUUUUAAUAUAUGCACAGAGCCAUCUGUGCAUUAACCUGACAGUCGGAUUAUGGCCUCUUCACCUAAUGUAUCGUAAGUGCGUUGGUGCUCGCCAACUCGCGGACGCAUGGGUCCUAGUCACACUGCCAGACCUCGACAGUAUUCUCUUGCUGACUCCUCACGUAAACGAUUCUAGUCCCACAUUCUCGCACAUCUUGGCUUAUGAACUGGUGUCUGUGAAUGUGUCUGCUAAUGUAGGUCAACCUUUCGAGUCUCGGCUGGUUUGCCGGGUGCAUUCAUGGAAGUGAGACCAUGGGCCGCCGAGCGGGAUGUAAACUGCUGAGGCUGCACGAUCGAGAGUCUGUAAUUAUCGUAGCAUAGCUAAUAUACCUGUCAACCCCGGAGGGGGGUGGGAUGGGUGGGAGUGCCGACGGCCUGUCAUGUUGACCCACAAUUAAGAAACCGCCAGUGUCGGAGGCAGGGUGAGACACGACUAGAGUCCGGUAAUUCGUCGCCACUGGUGUCACGCGACAGAAUUUCAUCAUUUUAGACAUUAACAAUUGAAGUCGCCUUUUUGAUCGACCAAACAGAGAUAAUGGCGGAUGGAAGGCGACUGUGUAGAGAUAAGAAGAAUCAGCAAGUUCGGGAUCGUUAGGCAGGGAGGAGAAAAAUCAGAAGGGUUACUUCUGCGUAGUAGAGGUUUUGUUCUGUAACAGAGUGCCCAGCUAAAACAUGGCAAUGGAGAAAAUGGAACCUGUCCAAUCUCACUGCCCCAGGUCAGCGCCGGUAAAGGCUCUUUAUUAGGUUAUGGUCCUCGCCUCUUAAAAAGUCUGAGCCGUCAAACCUACGAUCGCCUACAUAGACUAGCUUGCAAGCAUCGCAACGUCAUAUCUGGAUAUAUUUUUACAGUCCGUCUUCGCAUUGAUGAUUUUCUUCUCAGAAGCACGAUGCCACAUCUCAUGACGUCAUUGACUAUGUGACUGAUCUCAUUGACCUUGCUCUGAAUCAAAAUGCUGACACCAAGUCAGGUGACGUCCUUGGUACCUUCCUGGUACAUUCAAUGGCUCAUUAGGCGUAUUCGGAGGGGGUUGCCGGCACUUAUUUAGUGGGGGUUUUCGUGUGGUUUGACCACAGGUGCCGUCAUUUAUCUGUCCAACUCUUCUGCCUUACUAUUAUGCCUCAGAAUGUACCCAAAAACAUCAUAUCUGGAAGCGUAAUUUGGGGCAGGUAAUUCGUACACACAGUUCGUUCUCCCUCAUCCAUGAUUACUGAUGUUCAUCCCAGGAGAUACUAUCUCAGAAAAUGUCCUUAAAAUUGACUUUAUAGGACAGGCAAUUAGGCUACAGGCAGUUGGCAGAGCUUCAAGACACAAAUUAAAAUAUGAUGUGCGCUUAGCUUAAUGCACAGCGCUUGGAUCUAAAGAAAACUAAUUUGCACAGACCCGAUUUUUCCUUUUUCCUCGAGAAACUUGGAAAGUUUAGAGGUAUUUUAGUGGAAUUUCCUCGCCUAUAUGCCGCUUUCUACCAACCAAAUUCGACGACCGUUCGAGCGUAGCAAUUUACAACGUCGUCCGCGUGCCCAACGGAGUGGGCGCAGGAUCGAUAACUUGCUCGUGAAUUAGUCCAUAGUGUGACAGACUUACGCAGCAUCUACCGCACUCUCGAAUUCCUCACCCACCUUGCACCGGUGGCAGGAAAAUAUGGAGACCACUAGCGGUGGACGCGGGUGCAGCGGCUGACGAAGUUAAACGGUGCGUCUAUGCGUGCCACACACGAGCUGAUCAUCGCAGCAUGUAUCGGUCUUCUGUAAUGACGGCCCGGGGAGUGAGAGUGUCAUAAAGGAUACAUUUGGAAGGAGCCACUGCAACCUGGCUCGCAGUCCUGAAAAGGAUCGAGUUAUCCUGCCAGUUGGCAACCUUCCAAGUCGGUGCUAUUAGCACAUCGGGAUAGAUUCAAGCGCGUCAGGUUAGUUGUAGUGAGGGCUGAGCUGACAUGCUGUGGGGACGGAUUCCCCAAUGUCGACUUAUCUCUCUCUCACACCCUUUCGUCAUGCACAAGUCGGCUGUCGGAGGCUGUCAACCAACUAAUGAUGGUAUUGAGCGCAGUGGCGGACGUGACGUGACGACCUGCGUCUUUGACGUGCCACCACGCGCGGACUCUGCACAGCCCGACAGGCGCGUGCUGUGAGCCAACCUAGUCCUGUUUUGGCCUAGCAUAUCUGCAGCGCAGCCCAUCGUGUAGUCCAAAACAACCGCACUCAAACCACCGUGGACGGGAGGACCCCAUGAUCACUUAGGAGCACAUACGGGCUGAUGUGAUCUGGUUUUAGCCAAAGCCAGCGCGAUCAGUCUUGCAGUCAAACCAAGAUAGCAAAUGCUGGCCUCACUUUACAUGUGGACGAAUUGCGAAACCACCCAGGCAAGGACAUCAGAUGAAAUGUUGGACUGGUACUAGGAUACUCUCUGGUAGGAUGUGGUUAUUUAGUCCCACCUGAUAGGCACAAUACUGUUGGGUUUAGGGGUUGUGGUUAGGGGCUAGGGUUAGAGGUUAGGGUUAGAAUUAGGUGUUAGGGUAACUAUUUCUCAACCACUCGAAGUACAACCGCGCAUUCCCAAUAGUUUUUCUUUUACAUACAACUACUCGACCUCUUAGUCUGUUCUACGUCCCCCCAUGUAAAAACCCCCAUUACAAGCAGUCCCGUAUUACAGGUGGCUGGGGUUUGUUUACUUCAGGUGGGGCUACAUAACUACAUCUAACCGACAGACGAAAUUCGGUACUGGUAUUAUGAUAGUUUUACAGUCGAGCCCAGCAUCGGUGCAAGGAAAAGGUGGAGGGAGGGCGAGGCGAAUAGUUCGAAUAAGGGCGGGAAAAAACACGUAAUGGGGGAGAGAGGAAGUGAACUUCGAUGUCAAUGUAAGAUGCUGAGGUGAAAACGAGAUAUAAAAAGUUUACCGAAGAAAAAUCCGGGAAAUUAAGGAGGGCUUAAAAGGUUUGCAAUUAAAGCGGGAAGGCGAUAAGGGAUAAAUGGGACUAAUGGACGGGCGUGGAAAGAGAAACUGCGCAAAAUAACACGAGGACAAAGGUGAUAUUAGAGGGAAUGAAACGUGGAGGGACAUUGAAUAGUAGGGGUAUGUUUGUGCGGGUGGGGUGGGGUAGAGGACGGGCCGUUUCCCAUUCUCCUUUUGGAAAUCAUCCGUGACUCCUGAAUCUUGUUGUAGUAUCUGGAGGCAAUAUUUCUAGAAAUGACUGCUGGCUUGUAGCUCAUGAGGGACAACAAUUUUAUUGGUUUCAAAAUGCUUAUUGCGAGAAGUAGAAUGCUGAUUUUACGGCGUCCUCCAAGGUUUUGGACAUGCUAUUUUUCCAACUUGUCUCGAAGCCACAAAAUCCAGUUUUGCUGUGAUAGCAUGUUUUCGAGUGUGCUGGGGCACUGAAACUCGGUUAGAAAAUCGCAACCAGCAGCUGAUCCGACCCGUCUGAAGACCAACGCUCUACCACUGAGGCCUGGCCACAAGCCGUGUAGGCUGCGACCGUUAUUAACUAUAGUAAUCUGUGAGAGUGUUUAUACACUGGUCUAUAGGUGUCCGGUUUCGAGUUAGUGUGCUUAUGCAGGACUUUCACGGAUGAUCCUACGUCGAUAAGCAGUGAAAUAACGGUCGUUUCUAGCUUAUUUGUCACCAUCUGCCGGAGUUGCCGAUAAACCCGCGGUGUAAAAGUGCUCUUAGUCAAUCAGUGACCCACAUCCUGGUUCCAACCCUCCUAAAUCUAACACUACCCUCACUCCCUGGAAUUUAGCGCAAAUAAACCUGCAGCACGGAGGUCCCAAUUCCCGUGCCCUCCCGAAUAGCGUUUAUCAGACUCUAAAAUUACUCCUUAAAGCUAAAUAAUGGCCGGAUCGAAUUCCGGCAGCACAAUCAGGUUGAAAGCCCGUACCUUUGAUUCGACGGUAAGCCCCUCUUAUUGCGUACGUUUCUAUAGAGCCUACUACAUUGAAUUCACCCCGUCCGGUCAUUCUGCCUGGACACCCUUCAUUGAACGCACGGCAGACAUUGAGAUCACAUUUGCGGCCGCGCCUUCCGUGAGUCAUGAUUUUCCAGAGUUGUAAGCUCUAUUUUUUUCCGAACCAUUGUCGCUGCAGCUCCCCUGACAACUUUCUUCUGCAUUCUUUAGCUGAUGAUGAAAGUGCUUCAGGCAAUACGUAUUGGAGAUCAGAAUGUCAUUGAAAUAUGCCUUCGGAAAUUUCCCCCGAUGUUGGACACCAUGAGACAGCAGAUGCUUCGCCUUCUUAGUGAGUUAUGCAUGUUUGGCUUGACAAUGUAUUUUGCUUGGCACCCUGAUUUUCACAGUAAAAAAAUCAAUCCAAAUGUUACGCCAGUGUGUUUCGGUGGCUGUUCACACGGUACUCUUUCUGUAUUGCCGCUGAUAUUUCGAUUUCCCACGUCGUCACCUGAAGUAUUUUCUACUCUCGAUAUGGAAGGCACAGUAAAAGCCACUAGUUAAACCAUUCCUGCACUGCCGAUUUAACAAAGUUUGUGCAUCCCAAAAUCAGAUGGAAGUUCGCACCUCAUAAUAUCUCAAAAUGAUAUUUCUACUUAGCCAAAACAAGUAGCAGUUAUCAUAACAUUUAAAUGAACAAGUUAUUCGCAAUCAUUUUUAGGUGAACUCGAUCCCCAGGAGUUCUACGUGGAUCUGAGAAAAUACCUCUCUGGGUAAUAUUUUCUACAUGCCCAAAACUACCACCUAUGUAUGGGUUCCAACUUGAAGACGGGUGGGGGGAUUUAAGGCGUAAUGGGCAACGUGUUACCCUGCUGGUACCGGAAUGAAAGCUACUGUUAUCAUUACCAUUGUUUCGUGUGCUCCAAAACCUAGAGAGAAUACUGCGUAAAUCUUAGGAUUAGGUGUCCUUGUUCAACAGAGCUCAAUGUAACACACAAGUAAUCACUACUAACGCCUGAAGACGAAUAUGUGAGUCCCGGGUUCGCACGAUCGCCGGAAUAAAAAAUGCACUAGCCUGAAAAUGCCCUUCUCCGUGCAUAAUAGGCUUCUAAUAAUUUUAAGAGAGAAAAAGUUCGAAAAGUACCGUGGAAAUCGCUCUUAUUUUAUACUUAGACAACUCUCUGUGUUAGUAUCUGCCAUAGAUUAAUUUUGCGUGUCCAUGAUGGUAUUUCAACUAGAGGAGAGUAACCUCUGUCUUAAUCAACCACAUCUCGGACAGCACAACUACGGCUAACUGAUAUCGAACUCGCAUGAAACAGUUUUAAACAUAUAAUUAACUACUUGGCAGCUGGUUGAAUGCCUCACAUAUGCUACUUAUUAUUCGAGGAUAUUCCCCUGUUAUUUGCAUGACAAACCGAGUUUUCACGUUUAACACGAAUUUUCACGUUCGCGGCAUUUUGGUCCACUCAAGGAAAAUUGUUAUGUCUAACCAACGUGCUAUUUUUUCUAAUAGUUAUUUCUUAGUUUUAUUUAACUGAAUUAUUAAUUUUGUGUUUUGGCUGAUGUAUUUGGGCUAAUUUCCGGUUGAUUGGAGAUAUUUCGCCAAUUAAGGCGUAUAUAUAUAUCAGGUGAAUAAUUUCGGAAAUUAAUCAAUGCAGAACUUGGAGUUAAAUCUCCGGGACAUGACUUUUUAGGGUCAGAACCGAAAUUUCAAUGAACAUUUGAGUCGAAGACAAUCAACUACUGUGGAAUAACCACGUAAUGCCCAUUCUACUGCCCAUUCUCUGGAGUUCAUAUACCGGAAACCGCUAGAGAACGCUGGGGGUCCCACUGAAGAGCCGAACCCCUCGCAGCUGUGUCACGCAGUGGCAGAAUAUCGGCGAAACACGUGUCUGGGCUUUUAGCAAGUAUCUAGGUCGGGAGUACGGUAUAAUGCCUUUACCAUAUAUAUAUAUAUAUAUAUAUAAUGUUAGGGGGGCGCUCACCAAUCGUCCAUACGGAACUCACUCGUUUCGUUGUGCCUUAAGGGCUCUCUCUCGAGCCCAACCAGCAGCCGCGCAGGGCAACGGGCUCGUGGCCCGGUGAGUAGAGGCGUUGACUUCUAAACCAACAGGUCGCGAGUUCGAGGCUCGGGUGUUCCACACUUCGGGCUUGGGUAUGGCUGGCUGACGACGGCUAAUAAGCCAGAAAUGGCCAUUCCAGUCUCCCUUGUCUUUGUCGGUAAUAUCAUUCUGCCUAUAUAUAUAUAUAUAUAUAUAUAUACAUAAGUAAAGGCGCCCACUGAUGGCGUAACGAGACCUGCUUGUCCCCUUGUGCUUGAGAGCUCGGUUAAGGGCUCCCCAGUAAUCGCACGACGGCAAGUAAUAUGCACAGAAGUGGAGAACCGACAAAGAUAUGGGAGGCUGGGGGGACCAUUUCUAACCUGGUAGCCGUCAUCAGCCAGCCGUAACCAACCUCAGCUUUUGCGACCUCUGAGUCUCAAACCCGCGCCCACUUGUUUAGAAGCCCAGCGCUCUAACCGUUCAGCCACGGGCCGGUUGCCCGGUCGAGAAUAUUAAUUAUAACAGCUGAGCGCCCAUAUAUCAGGUUACGAAACGUGCUCGUCACGGUGUGCCUUGGGACUCAAGACAGAGCUCUCGCAGAUAGUCGCAUAGCGAUUAGUAGUAGAGGUAAAUAAGAUGGUGUCGACAAGUACAAGAGAGACCGCACUUGUGUCUCGCUAGACGUCAUCAGCCAGUCAUACUCAACCCCAGCCGUGGAACAUAUGGAAUUCGAACCGGUUGAUGAUGACCAAGCCCUCUACUACUGUUGAUGUGUCCGAUCGCAACCGGCAGGGUAAGAAGCCCGCGGCUCAGUGACUAGGACGUUGAACUUCUAACCAAUAGAAUGCGGAUCCGAACCUCGGGGGUUGCAAACCUCCGGUUGGACAUGGCGAGCUGGCAAAUUUUUAAUAAGUUAGAAAUGGCCACUGCAGUCCCCUCGUUUUUGUCGGUUAUCUCAUUCCGCAUGUGUAUAUAUAUAUAAUGCAACGCGCGACUUAACAUUAUUUGCGUUAAACAUGCCUUUAAGUGUGUUAACCAAUACGUAAAGCACAAAACACAACAACAACCGCAAACAACCGCUAAUUUUCGCUGAGUAGCAAAUGAUUAUGUUAGCUCUUGUGAUCUAACCGUUCAAGGUCACCUUUUCGACCCCUCGAAUGCAUACAGUAAUCUCCUUGAGGAUACCCAUUCUUGCUUCUCGUUUCUGCCCCUUUUUUAAGCUGGUCACACGGUAGACUUACAAAAGGGCUCAUCUACGAGGGUGUUCCGGACGACCUGCUCACUGGGCAGGAAAUGGAUGGUUCUCAGGACGGACGUCGCAUCUACCUGGGCGCUAGCGCCGCUCAGUCGGCCAUUCUACAAACUCUAGAUGCCUUCUUUUGCGUCAAGCAUGGACCAGGUGAGUGAAAGUCGCCCACGUUCUCACUCUUCAAUAUGUUUACAAACGACCCAUGUUAAUCUACAUUACAGCACUCGAGUUUACGCUUCCCCCUCCCCCCUCAAGAAUGUAUCGUAGUUUAAGCUCCACGCCACAUUCACAGUUGAUUAGGUGUUUAACAGUUUACGACUGCUUCUUCCUGCUCUCAUUUGCGUUCGUGGAAGGAGUGACCUACUCACGAGACAGACACCUAAUCCAUUUUGAUGAGUUCGAGCAGGAAUCCGAAACGUCCAGCGAUCGUGUCUCCUUUUUCACGACUGCUGUCUUGGACUCGUCUCUUCGCUUCUGUUAACAACCUGUACCAUCUCUUGUUUUUUCCUUUUAGAAGUGGAGGAGUUCCUCGUCCGUAUGAGGGCCUAUAUGAUCCGCGCUCAUCGACAGUUGAUUGAAGACAUGGAAAAAUAUAGUACCCUUCGAGAUUAUGGUAAGGUCUUCGCAAUAUAGUCAAAGCGGUUAUUUUAUCUAUUGAAAAAAAUUUCCCUAUGGCGAUCUCACCAGGGACAAGUCAGCCGGGGAUUUGUUUUAUUAAUUCGUCAACAGAUCAACAAACCAGCAUAAACAAUCAGGUUCUUUCGGUUAGGGGAGGAUAGCGAUUAAUAAGCCGAGUUCUUGAUCGCCGGAGAGGAUCAGUGGUUUAGGGUCAGUUAUGCGUGAGGAGGGGAGUCCAGUCGCUGUAUUGUGCAUUGGAUGUGCUACGGCUAUUAAAGCCAUGGGCAAACCCCAGUUACUGCGACCUUCAGGCCCGGUCUCGAUUACAAAGGGAAUGGGUUGAACGCCAGUUGACAGGGGAUCACAUUUUAUACAGAAUUAGGACACAUAGACGCUCACCGAUCAGGUUAUGGAACUUCCUCGUCCCGUUGUGCCUUGGGACUCAAGCUAGAACCCCCCAGGCAUAACGACUGGUGGUAUAGGCUGAUAAGGUGGUACGACCGGAAUGAUCAUUUCGGACUUAUUAGCCGUCAUCAGCCAGACAUACCCAACCUCGUGUGUGAGUCAUCUGAGACUCAAACAUGGAAUCUUUAGGGUUGGGUAUGACUGACUGAUGACGGCCAAUAAGCUGGAAAUGACCACUGUGGACUCCCUGUCUUUGCCGCUACAACCCUACCUAUCCGUGCGGAAUGCUUCGAGGAGAAGUUGGAGCAAGUUGACAGCUGAACGAGGGCACACGCCCGACGCCACGAGGGCGGGCUUCCCGAAUGGCAGCAGAGCAUGUGCUAUGUAUGCAUUGGGUGACAGCACGUCCGAGUCGGUCUUGAAGUUGAUUGGCCGGUUUGGAUAGCCGUGACUGGCUGAGAAUCAAAAUGCUACUGGUACGUGAGACAUGCACAGCGUUGCAACAGGCGGGCCUCUGCAGAUGUACCUUUGGCCAGAUUCUGGUAGAAAUUUUUCUGUGCACAACGGACGGGACUUAGGAUUCGUGUGGUUAUCGCAUCUGCCUCCGCCGAUUUACGCUGUUGUGGAGACCGGCACCCGAGAGAGUGCCCGCGGAUCCGGUUCAGCGCGCUUUGGUUCAUUUCUAUGCGACACUUAUACAACCGGGCUUAUUUGGAACCUCAUUAUGGUCGACUAAACUUCUGGCCUAAUGGCAGCCGCCCAUGAUAGUCAGUGAAGACUAUUUGUUGUGAAUUGCUGCCGAGUUUUGGACAUUUGAAUCAAAACACCCGCAGUAAAUUAGGGAGCGCGCUGUAUAGGGUAUCACCUUGUGUGUGGACGGAAUGCAUUCAGGAGCCACGACUGGUGUCCAUUCAUCGCUGAUCACCUAUUAGGAGGCGAUAUCGGGAAUUCGCAUCCAUAACAAAUGCCCACAUUCAGGUUGCGGCGGCACGUCCAUAUGCAAGCUCACGCCGCACCAAUUAGGAUCUCUACCGCCCCUCACUUUUGUUGUGGCCUAAAACUUUGGCCAGUCUCCAUGUUGGAUCCAGUUGGGCAACGUUUGGAACUUCCCACGCCCUCUUCGCAAGUGUUUCCACAUUUGGCUCUGGUUGACAUUCUCCUUUCCCCUUUUUGUAACUCUCUUUCUUUUAAUUAACUAGUUUUUGUAUUCUGACCUUGAGCUGGGAAUCCGAUUUGCUCAAACAGUAACGAAUGAAUUCUUUGUCUAGGGUAUUCAUUGUUGAUGUUUGUACGUUUUUUAUUAUUACCUUAUUCGAAAGAAAUAAGCUCUUUGGGAAAAAUAAACAAGUUUUAUUGUAAGUUUUCGACUUUGGUUCCCCAAGUCGUCUUCAGGCGUGUAGCUAGUGUACAAAACAGUUAACACUUAAACAUGCCGAAAAAAUCGAUUUUGCCCUGUCACUCCUGCUGGCGUAAUGUUUUGAUUGGCUAAUGUCUUUUCCACUUCUCCUUGAGGCUGUUGUGCACCACAUCCAAUUCUACGUGUCGGUUGAUGCAUGCGGUAUCAUGCGUUAUUCUAUCAAUAGUACCGUAUGUACACCGAAAUCUGUUUUGGCUUAUACGCGUGACUCAGUUGAGGAAGAAUUUUACAGUCCAUUUUGAACCACGAUGUGAUUUGUGCGCGUAGGUGCGGGUUUUCGCCGUGUCAACCACCUGCGGCCUCUCCCACAUCCGCUCUUCUUGCCUUGGCCAUAACACCGUACCCAGGUGUACCAUCACUAUAAAGUAAUUUACGCGCAAGCCAUGGCACCUGCUCUCACCCUGCUGUGAAGCACAUGGUGGACAUCGUCGAAAUCAGCGAUCGAACUGCCUUGUGUGCUGUCCGCGCAGGCCAGACUCUAGUUAAAUUUGCGUAAAUCGAUCGGUCCGUGAAUCUCAUGAGGCCUUGCACUCAGAGGCCUUGACGAUCAAAAGACCCUGUGCACACGGCAGAUUCUGUCAAACGCGGGAUGAGUGUGUUGCAGCCGCUCCAGCCCCCCUUUUCUCCGGCUCCGUUUUGUCGGACAGUCGUUGCCAGGCCCCUGACACACGACCACCCCCGCCGGCUAGAACUGGGACCCCUCCUAUCCAUAUGCAGUGACUCCCGGCUGCCCUCACAAACUAUUAUCACCUCACGCGCGUCGGACGACCUGGCUUGAUACCCGUGAGCCCCUGUGAUUAUGCGUCCCCCUAAUCCGUCCAGACUCAUGACCAGCACUCAGCCAGUCACCCCCACCUACUGCCACAGACAUUCACCCACGCGUAAAAUACCACCGCGACUGACGCUCUCUGUGAACGGACGCUUAUCUCUGUUGCAAGCAAACAACCAACUUACGGCAACCUGUCCUGUGUACAGAAUAAACAAUUCCUCACAGCUCGCUGACUUCUGGCAUUAGACGAAAUGAACUUAUUGUGCGUGGUUUAAGAUGAUCCCACAUCCUUGACCGCCACAAGUCGAAUCAGCGGCGUAGGACGUCUAGACAAAAAGCAAUAACAGCAACAACACGAAGGCGAUAAGCUGACAAAGUCCUCCGAGAUUUUCUCCUGUUUCGUUGCAUUGAGCAUGUGUUGUGAAGUGCUAGCUGUGAGAGCAUGUAUGCGGGGCAAGGUCCUGAGUAAGAAGAAGGGUGAUUAAAAGGUCAGUAGAGAAUGGGUGAGAAAUAAGUAGUAUAAGGUUGGCAGUCCAAAAAGUGACGAACUUCCGGUGCUGCCGGGGUGAACGUCACAGUGAGUGAGUGUCUGCAUCAGUUUUGAAGCUGACAGUCCGGUUUGGAUAGCUGUGAUUGGGCGAACUCCAUGCUGAUCCUCUCGGUCACAUGUAUAGGCCAGACGCGAAGAGAACGUCCCACAGAGCCCCAGCAUGUCAGAUGAACGACUUCCGCUGGUGUGUUAUAAGAGUAUGUCUUAGGACAAUCAGUAUUACAACCGCGACCAAGUAAUCCUUCCUAAUCGAAAACGCAUUUCGGAAUUUCAGCCAACAUUUCACGAGAUAAGUCACUCACUGUAUGUAUCUAACAAGGAUGGUCUGUUGCAGCUGACAUCGAGAGUAGGUAGGGUGGCCACAUAAGCUCCUUUCACGACAGAAUGGACCUGAUGAACUGCAAUAAACGUGCAAACAACCCCUGCCUCUUGUCUACUUUCAACCAAAUUAUUAUUCUGCGUGUCCGUCUGUUAGAAAACUCGGAAACCUAAGUCCCCCCCGCCUUUUUUCACCUCCCUACAGUCAGCCAAUCCUGUUCGGGACAGUUGCGGGAUGCCUACAACGAUUGCAUAAGCAGCCUAGAGAAGUUUCGAAGGGACCAUAUACAAAUAGUUCAUCGGUAAGUUGAUCCGCCUAUUCCGUUCCAACUUUCUACCUAAUAUGAAUGUAGAUUCGUGUUGGAACCGGCUCGCAAAUUUGCAACCAACGUCGAAAGCCUCAAGAAUGAGGGCACGGGAGGUCAAGGUAAGGGGAAUAUUUUUUUGUCUUUGUUAGAAAACAAACAACCAAGUCCCUUUGCCGUCCUUCGAUCUAGUUCUUUACUUUCCUUUCCAGCGCUCAACAUAUUUCUGGGAAAAGUCAUCAGUUCGACAAAGAUGGCAAAGUUGUCGGAAGCUGACCCCCACUCUCAGACGUACUAA